AUGGCUACUCAUCGUGCCGAUGCCAGUAACUUUUUGGAUAAUCGGGGAUACUCGGGCCCUCUAGUUCGUGGUGUCAAUCCGGUCACCCUUUUUGAGAAGGCAGUUCGCGAUCGCAUCACAGACUCCUACUACUGGAAGGAGCAAUGUUUCGGGUUGAAUGCAGCGACCCUAUGUGAUCGCGCGGUGGAACUGAGCUUUGUCGGUGGUACAUAUGGUGUCUCUGAGAAACCUUCGCCUUUCCUUUGCCUCGCCUUCAAGCUUCUCCAGCUCAACCCCAGCCGCGACAUCAUCCUCGAAUACCUGAAUUUCUCCGACCCCGGCAGUGACGACGAGGACGAGAAUCCCGAGAAUGGUGUUGUGAAGGCGCGUGGGGACUUCAAGUAUCUCCGAGCACUCGCGGCUUUCUAUGUCCGACUUACCUUCGACGCUGUCGAGGUGUACAAAACGCUGGAGCCGUUGCUGCUCGACUACCGGAAAAUCAAGCGCCGAGUUCGCGACGCCUAUACUCUGACCUACGUUGAUCAAUUCGUCGAUGACCUCCUUACCAAGGACCGUGUAUGUGGUACGAGUUUGUGGAAGUUGCCUCCGCGGCAACAAUUGGAAGAUCUGGAUAUGCUGGACGAGCGGAUAAGCCCACUGGCGGACGAACUGGAGGAACUUGACCGGGAUAGCAACGACGGAGAAGAGGAUGUCGAUCGGGGUCGCGGUGAUUCUGAAUCCUCUCGUAGGAGUGAUGAAGGCGAAGAUUGA